CUUGCCUGGCACAGGCCUGGGCCAGAGGCUAGCAGAGAAGUGGAUUGGGCUCAGGAAGCAGGAACAAAGAUGGACCAGGAAGAGGGGGUAGACAGGGGCUCAGCUCCCUGCAUCAAGGCAGGCUCCCCAGACCAAGAAGGCUUCUUCAACCUGCUGAGCCAUGUGCAGGGCGACCGAAUGGAGGAGCAGCGCUGCCCACUGCAGGCAGGGCCUGACACCGCCUCCAAGAGUGAGAGUGGUCCUGUGCCGGAGAUGGACAGUCUUAUGGACAUGCUGGCCAACACCCAGGGUCAUCGCAUGGAUGACCAACGUGUGACAGUCAGCAACCUGCCUGGCUUCCAGCCUGUGGGCCCCAAGGACGGAGCGCAGAAACGAGCUGGGACCCUCAGCCCCCAACCCCUCCUCACCCCUCAGGACCCAUCUGCUCUCAGCUUCCGUCGGAACAGCAGCCCCCAGCCCCAGACACAAGCCCCCUGAAGGCUGGGGCCCUCUUGUGCCCUACUUGUGCCCUCCCCAAAGCAAACAAUAAAAACACUUCCAUGGGAAACAAAGAA